GGAGUUGGAAGAUAAGCUGAAACAAAUUCCACCCGGCUCGCCUGACAUCAUGCCCUCAGCCCAGAUGUUCGAGAAUGUGGAAACGCUGGUGAGUGGUCUCCGCGGCAUGGCCCAACAACACGAUCUCUUUUCUAACCUGCUACGGACCACUGAUUAUAUGAAGAUCUUCGCCUCUAAGCAUAAAGAAAGUGAAAACCAGUUGCGCCUGAAACUGGAAGAGGCUGAAGCUAGUUUGUCCACCAUUCGAAAAGAAAAUGAAGCCCUCCGGGUGGAUUUGGCUGAGGCAAAGGGCCGGGAGGAAUCAACGGCCGACCGCCUGCAUGAGGCAGCAGAUGAGAUGGCCCAGCUGAGGGGGGAGGUGAGGCAACUCCGGACAGAAGUUUCUAUCGAAAAGAAACAGAGGGAAGAUUUGAAGCUGCGCUUGGUUGCACAAAAAGAGGAGCUAGAACGGGAGUUUGCUGCAGAGAAGGAGGAACUUGAAGUAGAAUAUCAAAAACAAGUGGAUGAUACGUUCAUCUUUGGGUAUCGGUGCUGCAUGAAAAAGAACGGUAUCAAGCGGGAUGUGCCUUCAAUUCCUCCGGGUGAAGAAAAGAAACUUCAUGACAAGCCUGCUCCCUGAUAGCUUCUCUUUUUGCAAUUUCUUCUGUAAUCUUCCUUUUGUAUUUUUUGUGGUCCGGAGACC